AUGUCAGAAGUUCGUGCUAUAGAAGUUAAACUCCUAAACUUGAAUCCAGAGAAAGUUGGAGAAAUAGUUGAACAAUUGUUGAACAACCAACAACAAUAUAAUGGAUUAAAUGAAAGUAAUACCACUGAGGAAACUAAACGAGCAAUAAACAAGGCGAAAAUAAAUCCUAACCUAGAAAACCAAGAAAAAGCUGAAGAGUUGAUUUGCCAAAACGGCGCUGAUAACAGAUUAACUGAACUUUUUCAAAAAAUUGAAACUAAAAUUCAACAAGGAGACCUACAUGAAGAAGAGGUCAAAAGUUUAGUUGAUGAAAUCCAAGAAUUCAUUAGCAAAAACAAUUAUCAAAGAAAAGCUUAUAAGAAUAAGCAGCAAGAAACAGAUGCUUUAAUUAUUAAUUUAUUAAAUUACAAAAAAGAGAAUGAUGAACAACAAUCUUUCUUAGAAAAAUAUCUCUUACCAAUUGUAAUUGUUAGUGGUUUAGGAGUAAUAAUACGGCAAGCAACGAGUAAAAUAAAAACCCGAGGAGAAAUAAGGGGGAGUACUCGCAAGAUUUAUCGACAAAAGGGAACUGGUGGAGCUCGUCAUGGUCAUCGUUAUGCUCCGCAAUUUCGGGGUGGGGGAGUAGCUUUUGGUCCUACCGGAAAAGAAAAUUAUUCACUAAAAGUUAAUGCCAAAUUUAAAGAGAAAGUUUUUCAAUCACUUUUGAGUGAAAAAAUUUACAAUAAAGCAGUAAUUGUUGUAGAUAAAGUGAAGUUAGAUAAUUACAAAACUAAGGAAGCGGAAAAAUUCCUUAAAAUUUUGCCAACCAAAGCAAUUAGUAAAACUAAAGUUCUUCUGAUCCUAACUAAUAAUGAAGAAAACAAGCAAUUUAUAACACGUUCCUUUCGCAAUCUGCCUUACGUCAAUGUUAGUGAUAGUAAAUCCAUUAACCCUAACCAAUUAUUACUUUCUAAUUAUCUUGUUUUUACUCAUUUGGCUUUGACUGAGGGUGAUGACAAUGCAGAACAAGCAUUAAGAGAAGUAAGAGAGGGAAUUACUUUCCAAAAAGAAAUUAUUGAAAAGUUUUUUUCUCAAAAUAUUUCUAACGCUUUGCGGAAAAAACUUAAUGCGGCUUAUCAAAAAGCCCAAGAAGCCGAAAAAAUUAUCCCAGAAUUAGAGAAAUUAGCCCAAGAAUACUGA